GAGGUGAGCGCAGUCAAGUUGAUUUGGGGAUAAAAGCUGCUGUUGGGCACCCCAAAUAUGCUCCAUAACUAUUCAGCGCUCGUUAGGGUCCUAAUUUUUGUCAAUGCGAAAAAUGACACAAACACUGAAAAUCGGCAGCCGUGUUCCCCAGCUCGUGAAGUACUUCACUGAUUUGAGUGCCGAGGUAAUUUGCCCGCAAACGAAGAAGGUGGCACCGAAAACCCUGGCAGAUAUGCCAGGUCCAAGCACCUCUACUUUUAUUUAUGAUCUGUUCUGCCGGAGAGGUCUGUCUAGGCUGCAUGAGUUGCAGAUGGAGGGACGAGCAAAAUACGGUCCCAUGUGGAAGGCAAGUUUUGGUCCCAUUUUGACAGUACAUGUGGCGGAGCCAGAGCUAAUUGAGCAAGUCCUUAGACAGGAAGGAAAGCACCCAAUCAGAUCCGACUUGUCCUCUUGGAAAGAUUACCGGCAGUGCAGAGGGCAUGCCUAUGGCCUUCUUACAGCUGAAGGAGAGGAGUGGCAGAAUAUUCGGAGCAUAUUGGGAAAGCACAUGCUGAAGCCAAAAGAAGUGGAAGCAUACACUGACGUUCUGAAUAAUGUUGUAACAGACUGCAUCAAGAAACUCAAAUAUCAGAGGAGCAGAAAUGGUGGCAUGCUGAUAAAGGAUAUUGCAGAUGAAUUCUACAAAUUUGGACUGGAAGGAAUAUCAGCUGUACUUUUUGAGGCCCGUCUUGGCUGUCUGGAGCCUAAUGUACCUAAGGAGACAGAGAUGUUCAUCCAGUCCAUUAAUACCAUGUUUGUCAUGACAUUGCUCACCAUGGCGAUGCCAAAGUUCCUUCACCGCAUAUUCAAGAAGCCGUGGCAGAAGUUUUGUGAAUGCUGGGAUUACAUGUUUGAGUUUGCUAAAGUUCACAUUGAUAAAAGGAUGGCAGAGACAGCUGAAAAGAUUGCAAAAGGAGAACUGAUUGAAGGGAAGUAUCUUACCUAUUUCCUGGCCCGGGAAAAUCUGUCUAUGAAGACAAUCUAUGGGAAUGUUACUGAACUUCUUCUGGCUGGAGUAGACACGAUUUCAAGUACUAUGUCAUGGACACUGUAUGAACUGGCCCAACAUCCUGAAGUACAAACAGCACUAUAUCAGGAAGUUACAAGUGUUGUCAGUUCUGGAAAAAUUCCCUCAGCAGCUGAUGUUGCCAGAAUGCCACUGAUGAAAGCUGUGGUAAAGGAAGUGCUCAGAUUGUAUCCAGUAAUUCCUGGCAAUGCACGUGUUGUUGCUGACCGAGAUAUUGAAGUGGGUGGAUACGUCAUUCCCAAACAGACCUUAAUCACACUGUGCCAUUAUGCCACAUCCAGAGGUGAGAAGAACUUCUCAAACCCACAUCGUUUUCAGCCAGAGCGCUGGUUAAAUAAAAAUGUCUCACACCACCCAUAUGCCUCAAUCCCCUUUGGAUUCGGGAAGAGGAGUUGUAUUGGGAGACGCAUAGCUGAACUGGAGAUCUACCUCGCAUUAGCUAGGAUACUGAUGCACUUUGAAGUGAAACCAGCAUUAGAGGACAGCAUUGUGAAACCAAUGACAAGGACCCUUUUAGUUCCUGAGAAAGAAAUCAGCCUACUGUUUGUGGAUCGAUGAUGCAUUGCUGAUGGAUACUGGUUGAUGCUGUGAUAAAUAUCUGUAUAUCCACAUCUGCAGAAGGAGCUGGGACCCACAUAUGGAUGGCCUUAGCAAACCUCUGGAACAAAGGUCCAUUUCUCUACUAGUGGUCUAGAGGUUCAAAAUGGACAGAUGACGCAGUGUAGACAAGAGGGACAUGUAGAAAUGUGAUACAUGGUGCUUCAUGUCAUUUCCUGAGUGGCUGACUUGCAGAGGAGAAGUGUGUCGUGCUCUGCUUGUCAGGUGCAGAUGCGUGCUGUAAAUCCUUCACUUUAUUCUUCUGUCACUUAGCAGUAGUAGGUACUGCUUUAUGAACUAACAAAUAAAGGAAUGGUUGUGUUCCUUCUUUCUGAAAUACAUUCUGCCUGGGUGGCUGCACAAGUCCAUAGUCACUGCAUUAUAUGCCACAUUAUUCAGAUUAACCAUCUCCAGGAAUAAAGAUGCCCUUUAUACCUAUGCUGACUGGCUGUAUAAUGAAUCAUCGAAGGGCUAACAAUAAAAGCAAAAAUUAAUGGAAAGAAAUUAUUUUUGUCUUCUAACAGCUUUGAAUUGCCCCUCCCCCAAGAUGUGCAUAAAUCGCUGUUCUCAAGUGGUUUAGAAGUGUUAUGUAGUCAGUGAUAUACUGUUACAGACGUCAUUGCUUUUUCAGUGUUAAAAUGACCUUAAUGGGACAUUUGUUACUGAUUUCAUUAACCAUUAAGAUCCUAACUGUGGAAAAUUCAAGAUUACCAUAUGCCAAGGUACAGCUGUUAGUAUUUUAGGCAAAAUAUUUUUGCCAAAGGGUUGAAAAUGUCUGCUUCAGCAACUGUGGUAUACUGUGCUUGUGACAUUUGAUUCUCUUUUUUGAUUGGUUCAAGUUUAUCAGGAAAGGGCACUGUUUCCUACAGCAUUUAGUUGCAUUCCCCUAACCAGAGGCUGGUGCUGUUGUUUGAUACUAAAUGAGUUACAGCCAGCUAUGUAACACAGAAAUAGCAUUUGUGGUUACGCUUGAAAUUAGGAGAUGGAAUAAGGUCUAUAGUGUCAGUACAAGAAGAAGUGUCAGUAAUACUUUCUGUCUGACUGAAUUGUAGGUGCACGAUUAACUAGACAUCUAAUGCAGAAACAGAGAUCUGCUUUCUUACCUUAGUUUUUUAGGAUUUAAAUGGGUUGCUUCAUGACGAAAUGUCGGUUGUAAUUGCACUGAUGAAUCCCCAUUUUGUGUACAGAAUUUUGUUGUAGAUCGAUCACAAUCACUGGCCUCCAGCAAAAUACAAUCCCUUCCAAUCAACAGCUGAGAAGCUAAGCUCAAUAUUAGGCUGUGGACUUUGACGUAUCAGUGUUCAUAGAAGUAAUGUGAAAUAAACAUUAUCUCAUGGGUGUCAGACAGAAAUGCAAUCUGCUUGUGACCAGCACUUAAAAGUGUGAUCACAAUAGUGCAGGUGGUGUGAUUUAUAUAUUAACAUUGGGACUGUGGUGUCGUGAAGAAUUUCUUUACUUUAAAGCACAAUAAUCUCAGAGUUUGUAUAUGUAAGUAGCAGUGGAGUAGGGGCACUGCUAUCAUUGUCAGGUGGUGCAGGGGCAUCAUGUGACCUCGAUCACCAGAUUAAAUUACUAAUUGUCUACCUCUCUGUAGUGGGAGUCAAGCGACACAUAUCUGCACACCUUAUUAUGCAGUGCAAGCAAUAUCUUGGUACACUUUCUAGAUUUCUGGGAAUAACGUUGGGGGUUGUGGUUUGCAUAACGGUUAAGGUGUUUAGCUCUCAGACACAAGGUACAUGGUUUGAUUCACACCUUUGAAUGGAAAUUGGCUAGGCUUAAAAUGGCCUGAAAGGGUAGAUAGCCUAGUACUUACCUCUGAAAAUAUGUACCUAAUAGCUCAGCAAAUGCUUGAAUAAAGGGACACCUGGAUAGUGCAAUGAAAUUUGCAAGGUUGCUGAAGUUAGAGUUUCCUUCAAAGCAAAAAUGAAGGGGUGGUGUAUCUGGUGAAAUAUAACAAAGGAAUGGUAUAUAUGGAUGGAUGUAAAAUUCUCAGGUUCUGGUAGAUGUCUGGCAAGAGUAUGUAGUACUGAUGGCCGAUGAAAUGUACACGAUUAGGACCAGAAAGAGCAGGCAGGAGGUCUAGUUUGCUGAACUAUGACAGGGUUUUAUUUAGCAGCUUUAACUCUUUAGUUUGCUGUAGAAAAUAAAGAGUGUCACGAAGCUUCAAUAAUGCUAGGCUUUAGAAAUAUUUUUGUUGUAUACUUCUCUCCAGUUUUUUGAUAUGCAAUGGGUAAUAAUUGUAGAUCAAAAUCACUACAUAGUGUUUACAUUAUUGUAUGCAAAGUAUAGACUUUAGAAUAUUAAGUAAGCACAAACUGAUGUUGAAACUUCUCAUCCACAACAUUGCAAAUGCUUUGUUAGAGAGCUUGUGUAUAUGUGGAAAGGUCAUGGUGGGUUUUAUGAGACAAGAUAUGUAUUUCCUCUGCCUGAAGCAUUAUCUUUUAUGGAUGGAGCAUUUUAUAAGCUAUUGUCCUGGACACUUUGUACAAACGUAGGUUCUGCCCUUUUUUAGAAGUACUGUUACUGACAAGCAUUUCUCAGUACUGCAAUACUGACCUCUAGUCUGCAUGACUGCUCUGAGUUUUAUUGUUAAGAUAGCAAACCUGAAGACUGAGCUUUUCUGAUUAUCAGCUCACUGCAGAAUAAUUAAAAGAGCAUGCAGACAUGGCAAAUAGACCUGCCUAUUUCAGUGGCCGUUGUCUGCCUCUCUAAUAAUAAACUUGGCAUAAAAGUUUGUGUCAUUGUGCAAUCUAAAUGGAUAGCUUUGGAUGGAAAAUGUCUUGUAGAAUUAUUCAAAUUUGUACAAAUAAACAUAAGUCAGUACGGUCUGAAUUGGGUUUCCUAGUCCUGCCAGUGAACUGUAAUAUGUAAUUGAAAAAUUACAAAAGGCUGUAUCAAGCUGGCAGACAUUGAAGGUAAAAUAAAUCAUAUUCUCAUGUGAGAACUGCUUGGCUGUGGUUUCUGAUUUAUUCAUAUGCUACAGUACUUAGUGUGUACAGUCAUCCUUAAAAUGUUAAUAGGGUGUCACUGUAGCCAUAAUCUUACAUCAUUUCCACUGAAGAUUGUUCUGGUUGUUUUGUGUUUUUUGCUGAGCAGUCCUUUCCAUUUCAAUAUAAACUAGUAGAGAUGAUUAAUAAAAUGUGAUAAAAGAUAUAAACUCCAUAAUUUCCAUUGUAACUUUUUAUAUAUGACGUUAUCAAGGUUGAGCAUAGUGAGUAUUUUAUAAUUUUUUUAAACGUGUUUUUUUAUAUAUGAAGUCAUAGAUGGAUUUUUCUGUUGAAAUAUCUAGUACUAUGACCAAUUUUAAGAAAUAUAAUCUUUAUGGCCCAUUAUUUUAAUUACUUUUUUACUUAGAAGCACUGUUUUAUAAUUCUUGUUUAUUAAAAAAAAAAAAAAAAAAAAAAACAUCUACUAUGGGGGAAGGAAGGAUGGUUUCUUUUCUGUCCGGUUUUAAUAAUGUCUUAAGCAAGGUUUUAAUAAUGUCUUAAGCAAUGUAAGACCAACAGUACAGUUUUUAUUUGAAAUACUAUACAUGGUAUUGUAAAAACUUUUGAUGUUUUUAUACAAUUAUUUAUUUGUCAUAUUAAAAAAUAACCUGUUUUGUA